AUGGCACUGGUUGACGACUUUGAAGUGGCACCAAAGAGGACCAAAGCCCCCCACAUUCUGUAUGUCCAGAAGUUCCGGGAGUUUCACGACACUGGCUGGCGACUACAGCGAGCACCAAAAAACGACCAAAGCUCCCCAAAUUUUCUGCAUGCCCAGGUCCAGCCCAUGGCAUCAAAAAGAUCAAAACUCCCGAUCUUCUGCAUGCCUAGUGCCAGAGGUUUCAUGGCACUGGGAGACGACUUUGCAAUGGCAUCAAGGAGGACCAAAGCCCCCCCCCCCCCCCCACAUUCUGUAUGUCCAGUACCGAGAGUUGCAGUUUCACGGGACUGGUUCAAAAAAAGGACCGAAAUUCCCAAAUCAUCUGCACGCACAUUCCGAACCCUGGGAGUUUCGUGGCGCUGGUUGACGACUCUCAGGCAAUGGCAUCAAAACCCCAUCUUUCCUGAAUGCCCACGCCCAGUCCCGGGAUUUCAUCUCAACAACGCAUUGCAGCUGUACUGGCCAUGGCCGAUGACCCUGCAAUGGAUGUCAAAGGGACCAAACCUCCCAGCACUCCUGAGCUUCUGCAGACGCAUUCACGUGGAUAUAGGAGACCAAGAGGCGUUGGGAUUUUUCUGUUUUAACGAUGCUGACGGCUUCACAAACAAGCAUUGGACCAUAUAUCGGACCAUGUCUGCCUACAUAGCUACAUCUGUCAACGUGCAGCUUCAGGCCUAUAACUUUCCACUGUCCUGA